UCUAUGGUGUGUGGGUUUCUUUAGACCUUUCAAUUGCCAAUUGAACUACAAUGUCGGAGAGAUGUCAAGUCAUUUAAAUGUGAUGGGUACAUUUGAGAGAUGCAUUGUUCUAUACCCCGCCUGUAGACUUGGAGUGUCUCCUAUUAAGCGCUGAGCACCCUGUGCACGCAUAGCUUUGAAAGAAGUAUUCAUUAAGAUCUUGUCUCACUCUUCCAAAGAUAAAGACAUUGGUGCAGAGUCUGCUCGAGUGCUGAACGUAUUACUAUGGACUUCAGUGGCCAGUAUGAACUUCAGAGCCAGGAAAACAUGAAACCAUUUAUGAGUGCUCUGGGAAUCCCAGAUGAAAUAAUUGAGAAGAUCAAAGAUCUAAAGAGUGUGACUAAAAUAGUUCAAAAUGGAAAAGACUUCAUUGUGGCCGUGCAAACUGGCAGUCAGGUGCUUGUUAAUAACUUCACCCUUGGGCAUGAGACCCAUGUGGAAACGCCUGCAGGAGAUAGGGUCAAGGCCAUAAUGAACCUGGAAGGGGAAAAUAAGCUGGUUGUUAACACAAAGGAGAUUACUUCCGUUGCAGAGUUCAGUGGCGAUCUGCUGACUAAUACCAUAACUUUGGGCAACAUUGUUUACAAGCGGAUAUGCAAGAAGAUUGAGGAACCUGAUGAAGAUCAAUGUAGUUCGUUAUAACUGUUUAAAAAAAUAUAUUAAUAAUAAUAAUAAACGUUGCACAAUUAAUAUUGACUGUAGAUGUGUUUUCUGAAGUAAUGCAAUGAAGUUUACUAGAACGUUGCCUGGGUUUCAGCAACUAAGUUACAGAGAAAGGUUGAACAAGUUAGGGCUUUAUUCUUUGGAGCGCAGAAGGUUAAGGGGGGACUUGAUAGAGGUUUUUAAAAUGAUGAGAGGAAUAGACAGAGUUGACGUGGAAAAGCUUUUCCCACUGAGAGUAGGGAAGAUUCAAACAAGGGGACAUGACAUGAGAAUUAAGGGACUGAAGUUUAGGGGUAACAUGAGGGGGAACUUCUUUACUCAGAGAGUGGUAGCUGUGUGGAAUGAGCUUCCAGUGGAGGUGGUGGAGGCAGGUCCAUUUUUAUCAUUUAAAAAUAAAUUGGAUAGUUAUAUGGAUGGGAAGGGAAUGGAGGGUUAUGGUCUGAGCGCAGGUAUAUGGGACUAGGGGAGAUUAUGUGUUUGGCACGGACAAGAAGGGUCGAGAUGGCCUGUUUCCGUGCUGUAAUUGUUAUAUGGUUAUAUAAGUCUUUUUCCUUGACUCUUCACCAUAUUUGGUGAACAUAUUCAUGAUUAUUUGGGUUUACCAAGCAUGAACCCAUAGGAAAGGUUGUUAGUGCAGUCUAUAAAUUCUUCUCUGAAAGUGGCAUCUUUAUAGACUGGAUGAAGGAUUUGGCAUGCUAGCAUUCAUGGUUGGGAAUUAGACUUGCACUGUGGACACAAUGGGCUUAAUGGCAUAUUUCUGCUCCUAUAACAUAUGAACUAAUUGAGUCUGGAAGUUGGGAUGUUUUUUUGCAGUUGCACAAGAUACUGUCAAGGUGUUGUGGGUUAUGGGGAGAAGGCAGGAGCAUGGGUGUGAGGGAAAGAUAGAUCGGCCAUGAUUGAAUGGCGGAGUACACUUGAUGGGCAAAAUGUCCUAAUUCUGCUCCUAAAAUUUGUGUUCACUUUUCUCAAUGCUACAGGAAAGAUGCUGCAGAAAAGGGUGCUAAUAUUGAGGAUAUUACCACAAUUCCAGGGAGAGGUUGGGCAGGCUUGGACUUGGGUAUAUGGGUAUAAGGAAAUGGGUAUAUGGAGCAAGCUGCCAGAGGAAGUGUUCUAAUUGUACUCCAUGGAAAUGGGUCGUUUGGCCCAACCUAUGCAUGCCCAACCAAGAAGCCCAUCUACACUAGGCCCAUCUGACUGUAUUUGGUUUUACAUGCCUUUAAAUCUUUCCAAUCUAUGUACCUGUCUAGAUGUCUUUAAUGUUACUUGACCAAGUGGGACCCGUUGGGUCCUAUCCGGUCCCCUCAACGCGCGGUUGCAGGGGGCGGCCUUUGGCGUCACACACACUAACCACGAGCAUGCACAUGCGCGAUCAGUUUUAUAUAAUUAUAGAGAUAGUACUGCCUUCACUGGCAGCUCAUUCCAUGUAGCCACUGCCCUCUGGCAAGGUUGCUCCUUGGGUUCCCAUUUUAUCUAUCUCCACUCGCCUUAAACUUGUGUCCUCUGGUUCUUGAUUUCUCCCCUCACUAGUUUAAUUUUUGUUUAGAGAUGCAUCGUGGAAACGGGCCCUUCGGCCCACCGGGACAAUGCCGGCCAGCGAUCCCUGCACUUUAACACCAUCCUCCAUUCACUAGGGCCAAUUUUUACAUUUACCAAACCAAUUACCCUACAAACCUGAACCUCUUUGGAGUGUGGGAGGAAAUCGAAAAUCUCAGGAAAAACCCUCCACUCAUAGUCGGGAUCGAACCCGGGCCUCUGGUGUUACGUUCACUGUAAUGCAGCAACUCUACCGCUGCGCCACUGUGCCUACCCGAAGUUGGUGAGAAGAUAGUUCCGUUGUCUGAUAACAGCUGGGAAGGAACUGUUCCUCUGUUUAUACUUUAGUAGAACUGAGGAACUGUAGAUGCUGGUUUGCACGACACUACGUGCAAGAGUAAUGAGCGAGUCGGGCAGAAUCUCUGGAGAAUAUAAAAAUGGGUGAUGUUUUGGGUUGCUUCUUCAGACUGAUGGGUCAGAUUAUCAGUCUGAAAAAGGUUCUCAACCCAAAAAAAUGUACCUGUCCAUGUUCUCUGCCUGACC